GGCCUAUAAAAGCUGGUGUAGCUGUGGUAAUACCAGUGUGGGGAGAGUUGAGAAAGCUGAGGGUGGAGGCUCUCUCUGGAUCAGGUCAUAUGCACUCAACACUCAGCUUUCCUUCGCAAUAUAUCUUCUAUAUUUGCACAUUUGACAGUAGGGACUGCAUGCUUCUCUUCCAGUUCUGUUCCUUAUGUCUGCAGCCAAUGGAUGAAGAUGAGACGCCACAAGCUCUUUUUGACUCUGUGCAUGGCUGGUCUCUGCCUCAUCUCCUUCCUUCAUUUCUUGAAGGCCCUCUCCUAUGUCACAUUCCCCAGGGAGCUGGCAUCGCUUAGCCCUAACCUGGUGUCUAACUUAUUCUGGAACAAUGCACCGGUCACACCUCAGGCUAGCCCUGAGUCUGGGGGUCCAGAAAUCCUCCGUACACCACUGUAUUCCCACUCACCGCUGCUUCAGCCUCUCUCUCCAAGCAGAGCCAGUGAAGAGCUGCACAAAGCUGAGUUUGUGCUGCCUGAAGACACUGCAGAAUACUUUGUACACACCAAAGCUGGUGGUGUCUGCUUCAAGCCAGGGACUAAGAUACUGGAAAAGCCACUAGCAGGACGGCCAGAUGAGAAGAUAGAGGGAGUUAUAUCAGGGCGCACAGGCCGUAAGCCUCUGAGUGCCACUGGGACGAAACGACGUAAAUGGGUGGAGUGCAUGUGUCUGACAGGCUGGCAUGGACCCAGCUGUGGUGUCCCCACUGUGGUUCAGUAUUCAAAUCUCCCCACAAAAGACCGUCUGAUGCCACGGGAGGUGCCCCGAAGAGUCAUCAAUGCCAUCAAUGUGAAUCAUGAAUUUGACCUCUUGGACGUGCGUUUUCAUGAGCUGGGUGAUGUGGUGGAUGCCUUUGUGGUUUGUGAAUCAAAUUUCACAGCAUAUGGUGAGCCACGCCCUCUCAAGUUCCGUGAGAUGCUACUCAAUGGUUCCUUUGAUUACAUCCGCCACAAGGUGCUCUAUGUCUUCCUGGAUCACUUUCCCCCUGGCGGGCGCCAGGAUGGCUGGAUUGCUGAUGAUUACCUGCGCACUUUUCUAACUCGAGAUGGCAUUUCCCGCCUCCGCAAUUUGCGACCUGAUGAUGUUUUCAUAAUUGAUGAUGCAGAUGAAAUCCCAGCCCGUGACGGUGUGCUUUUUCUCAAACUCUACGAUGGUUGGACAGAGCCUUUUGCCUUCCACAUGCGCAAAUCUCUCUACGGAUUCUUCUGGAAGCAGCCUGGCACUCUGGAAGUGGUUUCUGGUUGCACAGUUGGAAUGCUCCAGGCGGUUUAUGCCACUGAUGGAAUUCGCCUGCGCCGGAGAGAGUAUUAUACCAUGCCAGGUUUUCGGCAGUACGAAAACAGCACAGGUCACAUCCUAGUACAGUGGUCACUGGGCAGUCCGCUCCACUUUGCUGGCUGGCACUGCUCUUGGUGCUUUACACCUGAAGGAAUUUAUUUUAAACUGGUGUCAGCUCAGAAUGGGGACUUUCCCCGUUGGGGUGACUAUGAGGACAAGCGAGACCUUAACUAUAUUCGGGAGUUAAUCCGGACUGGUGGGUGGUUUGAUGGCACCACCCAGGAGUAUCCACCUGCAGACCCCAAAGAACAAAUGUAUGCCCCCAAAUAUCUGUUGAAGAAUUAUCAACGGUUUUGUUACUUGUUGGAAAAUCCCUACCAGAAGGCAAAGGGGACUGGGUGAGGGGAGUGGGCUUGCAUGAGAAAACAGGAUCUUCUGGAAAAAGGGAAAGUGAGACUGUAUCUUUUGUUUUUUGUUCCCUGCCCUGUUCUGCUGGGAUGUGUACAUUCUCUCUAACCUCUGUCAGCCCCACUGCAGACAAGAUACUUAGGGUAUGUGUGUGUGGAGGGGGGACUCCUAGUUAUGUGAAUAACUAGGAGCACUCCUGUCCCCCAGAACUAGCAUUUUGUAGGAUGGAGGAAAACUGAUGCAGGACGCAUCCAUAAGACAUGGGAUCUGGGGAGCAUGCAGUGGAUGUGCGAGGGUAGGAGUGUGCCAAAGCCUCUACAGCCUUUGUAGUAUAGCUGAGGAUGGCAUUCAAUUCCAUUUUUAAACCCCAAUUUCUUCUAAGUAAUUUGACAUCAGCGACGGUUAAGUUUCUGCUUUCCUAAUAUCCUGCCACUAAGAGAUAUUUUGUCAGUGAAAUUGGACAUUGAGCUCAUCUAGGAUCUUUAUAUUUUGCCAUGUGCAUCUGCUAUAUUAGGGUGUAAAGAUGGGAGCACACACAAACUGGGAGCAUAGUAGCACCAAAGAAUUCUGCUUUCCAUCUCAUGAUUAUAGACAUUCAGGGAAACUCUACAAACUGGCAGGGUAUGAAGGUUGAAAAGCUGUCUGAUUUUUGGAUAUAUUUUGGAUAGCUAGCCAGCCUUUAAUAUAAGAAUAAGAUGACAGCACAACCUGUAGCCCACAGAUUUGAAAAGAAUAUAGCUAUCACAGAUACACUUCCCUCUUCUUCAGCAACAAAACAUGGUGUUUACAUUUUUCAGCUAAAACAGGGUGUGUUUAAUGCUUCAAAGGAAAGGAGAGGUCAGCUCCAGUGCCCGUCUUACUACUUCUGAAACAGGAGAAGUGCAAAGAUACUUGGCUCUAUGAUGCCACUGUUUUGAGGACAAGAUAAUAUUGUUGCUAUACCAAUAAUUUGGUUUGCAAAGGCAGAGACAGGGGGAGGGAGGGUGUGUAUUUGAUGGAAAUGAAAUGAGAAUCCAACAGUUAUAAUCUGGAUGCCAAGCAUUUCUGUGUUCCAUUGAUUUUUGCAGCUUUUCCUUUCAAUGAAAUAUAUCAGUGGCUACCCAAAUUCCUUUUGUGUGUCUCUGGCCCUACAUCAAGAUGAAAAACAUGUUAAGGCCUACGUUCUGUUAGCUGCUAGAAAAAUAUAUGAAACAAUGAGGAGGAGCUCAAAAAGAGGUUCUUUGUCAUAAUGUGUUAUCCUGGUAUGCACUUCUUUCCCUGUUUGAUCCACCCAGCAUUUCACACACUUUUCUGCCUUUAUGUGAAUUCCCACCAUUCUAGAGGAUGCAAACCAUGUUGUAUGCGAUUUGUCUUUUGCACAUUUUGUCUGAGCAAUGUACUCUGCCAGUUCAUCCUCUAACUUUUUUUAUGUGGUGAAUCUCUAAAUAUUGACUUUUGGUUCGGCACUGAGUCUUGUGAAUGCUCUUUUCCAGUAGCAAAAUUUCAGGAAUGUGGAUUUGAGCUGGGAGAAGAUGAACAGGAUUUUUCCGUUUGUGCUUCAAGCUAAUCACAGGGUGGCUCCUUCACCAACAAAGUAAUAUUCUGUUGGUUGCACCAUGUAAACAUGGUUGGGUGAAUUCAUGAAUGGUUUAAAAAGAAAUUAUUUUAUGGUAAGCAGCUUUGGAAUGACAGAACAAAGCAGCCCUGAGCUUGCUUGAAAUUUGUCAUGUUACCAAGAAGAGACUUGUACUACUUUUAAUCUUGUGCAUCAGCAUAAAGUACUCUUUGUCAAUAUUAAAUUAUGUUAAACUUUCCCUCUAUAGACGUUGUACCCUGCUCUAUUAUAAAAUUAAACUGAGCCAGAGAAGAUACAUAUGCCUUAAAUAUAAGAGGGAUUUGUCAUGUCAAAGGAGAACUAUGUUGGGCACAACAGAAAACAGUAUUUCAGUUGUCAUAUGGCUAUGCUAAAGCAAAUGUGUAGCAAUAGCAAAAGAAACACUGGUGAGGAAAUGAAGGUGGUGAAACACCAAGACUUUUUAGUAUUCCUUCAUUGCAGAUGCAGGAAGUGUUUUCCCCCCACUCUUGUGAGGAAAUGAGAAUCUAGGCCACAACUCAAUUGUUCUCUGGUUCUGAUUAAACUUCAACCAACAGGAAGUCUAUCUGCACAGUCAAUCAUAAUAAAUAACAGGAGUUGAUAUCCAACAACAUCAGAAGGACUGCAAGUUGUCCACCUUGGUCUAGGACCAAUCUUUUUCACUGCAGUGUUCUCUAGAUAUGUUGGAAUUCAUAUUUGGAGAGCUGGGGAAAGAUACUCUAGAGGCCAUAGCUUUCAGUGCUUAUAAUUCCAAACUUCCAGUUAAAAAGCAGUAAUUAGGAUAUGCUUCUUCAAUAUUGAGUGGGGACAAAGAGAAAUGGAAGAGGUGCUCCCAAACUACUGUAACAUGGAAAAACUGCACUUUUGUACUCAGUGAGACAUGAACUGGGAGGCUGAAGUGUAUUUGACCACUGGGUUCAAAUCAAUCAACCCCACAUAAAAAGACAUUUUCGCUAUAUCACGAAUGCAUAGUUUCCUAGAAGAAUGUACCCUUUCCUCUAGCUCAGUCAACGCUGAUUUUGACUCACAUUUAAUCUACUGGCUGUCGUCUAUAUGUGAGGCUAUGCCUGACUUUUCCAAUGAAUGCCCAUGAAUUCUAAUUCACCUAUUAGCACAAACUUUCAGCUCCAUCUGUCACCAAAAUGCAACAUUUCUGAGCUCCUCCUUUAUCCUUUCUACAACUUUUUCUACUCCCCACGCCACAUCUCUCUUUUUCUCCUCUUAUUUUCUUUCCCUUCCACUAUUGUGUACAAGGAACAGAUCCCAUUAUAAAUGGAUAAGUUAGCACCAAAUUCCUCUGGGACACUGAAAGGACUCUUUGUUCUGGUCUCCGUCUCUAACUGCACCAAAGUGAAACUUGAAACUGACCUCUAUUGGGAGAGAAAAGAAGAAUUUACAGUAAAACCUUUGCUUUAAUUAAUAAUAACAACCACCUUUUGCACAGGGUGGCUUCAAAAAAACUUCCAGUAUAAGGAACAUUUAUUUAUUAUAUAGCUACUAGCAUUCAGUUUCACAGAACAGACUGUAAGGAACUUUGCACUAAUAAAAAUCCUUUGGGUAUCUGUGGGGUUGGGUAUGGGAGACACUUACUUUUGGGAAAUGUCUUAGCAUGCCAAUAUUUUAGGACAUUAAUAACUUAGAGAAAGUAAAUGGAGCUAACCUGUGCAGGUCUCAUAAUACAGCAUUAACCUGAAGAAGCUACUGAAAAUGAAUGAAUUAAAUCCUGUGGGUGGGUGGAGUGUGACAAGUAAGAGAGGAGAGCUUUUUGAUGAUUUAAGAGCCUGCCCUAAUUGAGACCUUCUGUACAAUUCUCCAUGUGUAAGGACUCAUGCCUAUAAAUUGAACAACACAUAUGACUUUCAACCUUAUAAUGAAAUUACUAUGUCCGAUGACUAAUCGAACAGAAGACCUAAUAUUCUUUGUACAUCACUGUAAUGCAACUGAAUGUGGUGAACAAAGGAAAUCCAUCUGGUCUGUAAUAGUGGAGUUAUUGCUGCUUCUGCAUGGGUAAAUGUUAAGGGGCCUAUCCCUGUUUCAUCCUUACUGGCACUUUCUUUCUUUUAAAAAUGAUGUAAUGAAUGCACAGCUUUUGUGCAUGGCAUUGCUGCUGUAGCAGUUAUGACUUCAACUGUGUCAUUGAUUCUGAAGUUAAAUUCUAUUUUUAAACUUCUCACAUGACUUUAAGUGGAAAAAGAUGGGAUAACUAAAGUACUUUCAGAGUUCUUCCAUAUUUUAUAGAAAGGCUCAGAACAGACUCCACAGCACUGUAUCUUAUAGUGUCCAUACCAAACCUGGGUUUGAGUAACAUGGAUUUCAACAUAUUGUUGGGUUCUAGCUCCUAACC